GCUGCUGCUAUUACUUCGCGCAAGCCGGAAAAUCUCGUUCUUGCCUGCAAGAGGCCGAAGAUCCACGCGGAUUGCAUCGGCAACCAGACGCUGGAGGGAAUCAUGAGGCGACGGGGGUGUUUGGGAGAUGAUUUGAAGGGUACAUGUGACUAACCCACCUCAGACUCCCUCACCCAUUCUGCUACCUCAGGAGCCUAAUAGCAUUGGAUUUCCACUGGUUCUGGACACUCUCAAGGGGCCAUGAGACUAGCAGGUCCUCUCCGUGUUGUCGUGAUUGUCUUGACAGCAGGGCUGACCUGGAUCCUUGUCAGCGUCUUGUUGGGGACCCAAAGCGGUUUCUCUCGCCUGCAGCAAUUCCUCCUCAACAGUCCAGAGAACACUCCCGCUACAGGUAAGAUGAUUUGGCUACAUUUCUGCACCGUUCCUACCAGCCUCCCCCAACCUGGUGCCCUCCCCAGAUUGGGAAACACUGCCUUAAUCCACCCAAAAAGUACAAGAAGGAAGAGGAGAUCAGAUGGAGUAAAAGAAAUGAACCGUAGAGAGGUUUUUCCACAAUCGUCUUCUCUGCUUCACUCCAGAAUGAAUGAGGAGGCCCGUAAAAUCUUCGCAGAACUGGGCAGCAAAUUUGCUCGGGAACUGGCCUUUCGAGACAGCUGGGUGUUUGUUGGAGCCAAAGGAGUGCAAGACAAGAGUCCCUUUGAGCAGCAUAUGAAAAACAGCAGGAGCUCCAACAAGUAUGAGGGCUGGCCCGAAGCCCUUGAGAUGGAGGGAUGCAUUCCGCAGCGAACCACCGAAGCCCUGUGAGGGUCCGUUUUCUUCAAACCUUCCAGUGAAUUUUCUCAUGGGGAUAGGAGAAGAAAUCUCCAGUCUUCCACUUAACUGUUGUCUACUUUUAUUGUGGCAGCUGCCUUUUUUCCCUUUUCCACAGUGGCCUGUUUGGCGGUGCCUUAAUAAAGCCAACCAGUUGCCCUUUUCAGAAAAGUUUUCUUGCCCUGGACUUUGGGGAAGACAGAACUUGUAAACCACACCUUAUUCCCUUCUCUAGUGCCUUACAUUUUUUCCCAGGUGAAGGGACUCAUCCUUCUUUGCCCUCUUCCCCCCCCCCCCAUAAAUUUGCAGAGCCAAUUGAGUUCCUCUACUGAGAACCAGUCUGGGGUUUUUAUUUGUGAUCAUUUAAAGCAGGAGGAAGAACUCUUGGGCAGGGGGAGUAAAGUGGGAGACACCAUGAAGGUCCCCUCAUUUCUUUAACUCCACAACAUGCUUCUAUCAUGCCUUCUUUACAUGUUUGCACCUUUCUUUGACCCACGCACAUCUCAGUCAUACGUGCAUUCUUUGCAUGUGUAGAAUCCCUGCGCCGCUCAGCUGAAGAGCAUAGGUGUCAAAGGAAGAGUUCCCGUAUUCGUGAGGUUCUGUCAAAGGAACCACUCUGAAUCAGAGUUUUGUCUCUUUUAGCACCACUGCUGUUCCAAAGCCCCGCCCCCUUAAGUUUGCUAAACUUGAGAAACGCCCAGUUGCUGCUUUAUGUAGUGCGAUGUUGGUGCUUCAGUUUGAGCGGGGACGGGGUGAGGACGGAGUCUUUCAUUCAUCCUUUUGCCCAUGUUCACUUUUUUUUUUUUUUAAAUAUAGAGUGUAGUGAAGGGAAUUCAAGCUGAAAGUUUCCAUUUGACCAAUCCUUGUUGCCGAACAGCUUCUUCAAUAAAUACUGCGUAAAACAA